ACAGAGAAAUGGCACGUUAUUAGCCCAUAAUUUUCUCGUCAAAAAUGUACAAUUCAUGAUUACAUUUAUGCUGAGUAAAUGCGCUACUUCCACUUGAUAUCUGGUUUAAAAUACGGGUUGUCGAGCCAUUAUGCAUAGUGAUACUUUAAAGAGUCGAUCAGAGAACACCAAAAUUCGCGCAUAAUCUGCAACCAAGUAUUCUAUAUAUUGUUAUUUGUAAGAUUGGAAGAAACGCCAUGUCCUUAAACAAGAGAAUUUCCUACGAUGAGGAGAAGAAGAAAAAUCCCGAGUUGAAAGAUUCCGAUAUACAAAUUUUAAAAGACUGGAGCGCGAAACAACCGCAUCUUCCAAAAAUCUUAGACAGUGAACAUGUAUUGUUUUUACACAGCAAUUACUAUCGUAUCGAAGCUGCUAAAAAUACUAUCGAGGCAUAUUAUACAUCCAGGACUCAUCUUACAGAAUUUUUCUCUGAUAGAGAUCCACUUGGAACGAAGCAGUUGAGAGAAGCCUUUAGAGUUACAGCACAGAUAACAUUGCCAAUGCCAACGAAGGAGGGAUACAAAAUUGUCUAUUCGAGACUAAUAGAUUAUGAACCAUCGCAUUUUGUUUACAACGACGCUAUAAAGUACUUUGGGAUGGUAACGGACUUGUGGUUGUAUACUGAAGGAACUGCCAAGGGCCAUAUAAUUAUCGUUGACAUGGAAGGUGUCACCUUUGCCCACGCUGGCCGUCUCAGCCCUAUGGGGCUUAAAAAAUAUCUUUAUUAUUUACAAGAGGCUAUACCAAUCAGACUCAUGGGUCUGCAUUUUGUCAAUACUAACGCGGUUAUGGACAUCAUUUUGGCGAUGAUGAAGCCAUUCAUGAAGAAAGAAUUGAUGAAUGUGUUGCAUAUUCAUCCGACGAAGGACACGUUCGUAAAGUUUAUACCAUUGGAAGCGUUGCCGUGCGACAUAAGUUUAGGUGGAAAAGCUAAAUCAUUGAAAGAACAACAAGAAGAACAAUUGAAAAAACUGGAGGAACACCGUGAAUGGUUUCUAAAAGAUGAAGCUACGGCUCGGGUGAACGAAGCCUUGAGGCUAGGCGAAAACAAGACGAUGGAUUUAUUCGGUGUCGAAGGAAGUUUCAAGAAACUCGAUAUAGAUUGAUUCACUCCUCAAUUCGUUUACAUAAAAAAAGUUACCUCUAAAGAAAUAUCAUUGAAAAUAUUAUUUAAAAUAUAUCUCUCUUGUUUUUUCGGUUACAUUCAUUUUAAAUGAUGAUAUCAAUAUGAUUUAAAAUUUAAUUUGAAUUUAUAUAUGAAUCCAAAAUGAUGAAAAUGUUUUUUUUAAGAAUGUUCUAAAGCAGGAUCAAGGUUUUAUUUCAAAAUAAUAAUAUGCAAUAUACGACAGCACGCGCAUAAAAUGCACGUUAUAUGUAAAAUAUUAAAGAGAAUUGCUUUGAUUUAUGUAAUAAUUGAGACUUUAAAUGUCAACUUUUUAUCCAUAUAAAUGUUAUAAUUUACAUAUUGUAUAUAUUAAAGAUAAAAAAACGAGGAGAAUACAUAUUCAUUACGUCAGGUAUGUCUGCAGUUGUUAUUAUGUUUUAAAAUUGUAAUGUCAUCCUGUGUAUUAUAUAUGACUGUACAAAUUCCAAGUCCAUGUCAAUAAAUUUAUUAUUCAAGAUUU